AUGACGAACCCGUUCAGAGCUGAAGUUACAAUGAUGGAGCGCGAUCUCAUCUGGGAUGAUACCCUUGACUCUUCAGAGGGCGCUAGACAGGAGGACCCACACAAGCUAUACUUUGUCCUUAGCUCAGAUCCGCAACUUGAUUGGGAUGGUGAACUGAAUAUAUACCUCAAAAUCAAGCACAACUGCUUUGACGACGGGAACUCCUCCAUAGAAAUUAAACACUACGUUAAAGACUAUUUGAUCGUCAGUCAUCACAGAGAAGACAUAUUGGACGAUAUUGUCCUUGGAUAA